CGUCCACCUGCUUGUUGUGGCGUCAGCGUCGCCUGCAGGCGGCACGAUGACGGCCGAGCCCGCGAUGCAACCUCCUCACCGGGAUUUUUGCUUCCAUUUCUCUUCAUAGUUAUUAAUUGACAUUUUGCGUACGCAGCCACUGCUCACAUCUUUGGGCGAGAAGGGAGACCAGGAUGCUGACGCUGGGGGCUCCACCGUGAGAGCUCCAAGAUGGCGCUCGGCCUUUGACGGCGAUCUUCCGCUCCGUGCACAUUGAUCUUCUCCGCUUGAGCGCCACAAUGGCUUUUUGCAACGAAAGCCUGCUGGAAGGAUGCGACUUCAUGGAGCCGGACGACGCCGUUCAAGCCACAAAUAGUCCUCCCUCCGAACCCGGGACUCCUCUCAUAUCGGUCACCCUGCGCGUGACUCUGGCCGGCAUCAUGAUCUUCAUGAUCACCAUCGGUUUCCUGGGCAACGCCAUCGUGUGCCUGAUCGUCUACCAGAAGCCGGCCAUGCGUUCCGCCAUCAACCUCUUGCUCGCCACGCUGGCCUUCUCCGACAUCAUGCUCUCGCUCCUCUGCAUGCCCUUCACCGCCGUCACGCUGGGGAGCGCCGACUGGAGCUUCGGGAGCGGCUUCUGCCGCGCCUCCAUCAUGCUCUACUGGCUCUUCGUCCUGGAGGGUGUGUCCAUACUGCUCAUCAUCAGCGUGGAUCGCUUCCUCAUCAUCGUGCAGCGUCAGGACAAGUUGACCCCGCACAGGGCCAAGAUUUUGAUCGUGGGCUCGUGGCUGCUGAGUUUGUGUGUGUCCUUACCGUCCGUGGUAGGCUGGAGGACAGGCGCGGCGGGAGCAGGCGACGUCUGGGUGCCGCAGUGCGUGCUGGGAUACAGCGAGUCGGUGGCCGACCGCGCUUACGCUGUCCUCUUGGCGGUGGCGGUCUUCUUCGCCCCCUUUUCUGUCAUGCUCUACUCGUACAUGUGCAUCCUGAACACGGUGCGGCGCAACACCCUGCGCGUCCACAGCCACGCCAGCGAGCCCUCCUGCCUGCCGGCCCUCAACCAAGUCAGCAAAAUGAGACUCAUCGGGCUGCAGAGACCCCCGCAGAUUAAGGUGGACAUGAGCUUCAAGACCCGCGCCUUCACGACCAUCCUCAUCCUCUUCGUGGGCUUCUCGGUGUGCUGGCUGCCUUACACCGUGGUCAGCCUCCUGGCCGUCUUCAGCCGCCGCUUCUACUACAGUCCCGCUUUCUACCCCACCAGCAUAGGCGCACUGUGGCUCAGCUACCUGAAGACGGUUUUCAACCCCAUCAUCUACUGCUGGAGGAUCCGAAAGUUCCGGGAGGCCUGCCGGGAGUUCGUUCCCAAGAGCUGCCGCCUGUGUCCCAGGGUGGCGGGCCGCAGCCGAAGGCGAGUGCGACCCAGCAACAUCUACGUCUGCAGCGAGACUCAGUCGGCUGUGUGAAGGACGCAAAACGCUGUGGGAUUCCCAUGUCUACUUAUUGUUUUUGAUGGCCGACAUGGCGGCAAAACGUCCUAUGGUCCAAUGUCAACAUCUCUGUCUUGUUUGUGAUCCUUCCAUCAUUGGUGAACUGUUGUCUUGUACAUUGACUCACAGUGGCGACAAGGGAUGGGCAUUCGACUGCUUGACUGAUUGUUACUAUUUGAGUAUUAUUGGGAAUUGCAGAAUAUCACUAGGAGGACACCGAGGUAGUCCACACUUGCCUGACUUUGGGGCAAUUCCCACUCAGUAUAAAUGUCUGUCUGUAUUUGUCUCAGGGGAAGCACCCUGCAGAGACAUAUUCUCUACAAAGAGAGACUCCCGAGGUUAAAAAGAAUUCGAACUCAAAGAAGCCUUUAGCGGUGAACAACAACAAAAAGGAAGAGUCCAGUUGCUUUGAUUCGACCUUUACUUGGAAUUACCAUGAAUCUACACAGUCAGAUCACCAAAAGAUUGACUUGGUUGUUUAAUUUCACACUUGACUGGUGGACAGGCGGUCCGGGGACCCAACUAUUUGUAUGCAAACAAAAAGGCACUUUUAAUAAUGUGUCCCCUUUAAGACACAACUACUCAACAGUAAGUUCUACACAGUUGACAGAAUUCUUAAUGGUCAAUUCAUGGAUUCUUUUGCCCGUCCGUACUGGUGAUCAUUCUAAUGUCAGUUAGGUUUCUCACCCCCCACCCCCCAAAAAAAACAAACAAAAAAAAACAAAAAAAAACAUUUUGAUUCAUGGAGCAGGAAGACAACCUCAUUUAUUAAGGUGUAAGAAUGUACUUGAAUGCACAAUGGCUUAACAAGAAUGGAAACAGACAAAUAAAUGUGAUUUUUUAAAGAA